AUGGGUCUUCUACCCGCUCUCAGCGACGCGGUGUCCGUCAUCGCCAAGCCAACCUCCGACGACCCCAUUCUUCAAUGCGGCGAUGAGCUACGUGACCUCCUGCUCACGAACUACGAGAAGGUGAAGGACAUUGCCAACACAAAACUACACGUCUUCCCAUUCAAAAAUGUGCAAGAGUGCUGGCGCCGGCUCUAUACCGACGCGUCCAUCAUUCACGCCUGCGUCAUCGCCUCCGGCCUGAGCAAGGGCAGCUCAGAGCCAGAUUUCAACGUGUUACAACAGAUACAGAAACUCAAAGAUGCAGGAACAGAGCUAACAGUCAGUCUACAUGCGCCAUGGCUAUCGCAGGUCGUGGAAAUCCUCGAUAACGCGUUGAUCAUGACCGGUGCACCCCGCCGCGAGAAGCUCAUCGAAUCUUUACUGUCCACGCUGGAAGUCGCGACAGAAACCCAAGAAGCCGAAAAUGGCAGCGACGAAGAUAUGAGACCUUCUCACGCCAAGCGCCGAAAGCUCUCGCCGCCUCUUUUCCCUCCAAAUGCUCUCCCUGAACCCCGCCUGGAGUUCCCUAUCCCGCGAUUAUCGGCACCCUCUUUUGAUUCCAUCGAACGCCAUAUCGAAGAUAUACGCACCCCGCUAAUAAUCACAAACGCGCUCGACCAUUGGCCAGCUCUGUCAGGACGUCCUUGGGCUUCGCGAGACUACUGGUGGAAACGCACCCUCGAGGGUCGCAGACUAGUUCCCGUUGAGGUGGGAAGGUCAUACACCGACGAGGACUGGGGGCAGAAGAUCAUGCCAUUCAGAGAGUUCGUGGAUAAAUACGUAUGGCAGGGGAAGCCGACCCCAACUGGCGUACGGGAAGGCCAUGGCCAGUCCCAGACCGAAGAUCAGAGCGGCGAGACGGGAUACAUGGCGCAACACGACUUGCUUUCUCAGAUCCCUGCCUUACGCAAUGAUAUCAGUAUCCCUGAUUACUGCUAUAUCACUCCACCGGGUCCAGAGCCUGGCACGCCAGUGUAUGAGAAGAAGGAGCGUGAGCGUAGGGAGGCCAAGGAACAGGCAUCAGGGAAACACUCUGAUCAACAAGGGGCUCGACGAGGCUCACUGCCAGAUAACCAAGAAGAUGACAACUCGGAUACGGAUUCAUGCUUAGGUCUGCCCAGUGACCCGAUCAUCAACACAUGGAUUGGUCCCUCGUGGACUAUCUCCCCUCUCCACCAUGACCCCUACCACAACAUCCUCACGCAGGUCGUGGGAACUAAGUACAUCCGUCUGUACUCACCACACACGCCUGCCUCCCAGAUUCACCCACGCGGCAAAGAAACUGUUACCUCUGUUGAUGAAACGGCGAACCCAGAUCCGGAAACCGGGGCUCAACCACUGACUACGAAACUCAUUGAUAUGUCCAAUACCUCGAAGGUCGAUCUAGCCUCUAUUGAGCUUUCUCCUGCUGAGUUCGAGCAGUGGGAAGAGAUGUGGCCCGGUUUUAUGGACGCGCCUUAUGUCGAAACCGUGCUCCAUGCGGGCGAGUGCCUGUACAUUCCUGUUGGAUGGUGGCACUAUGUGCGUGGGUUGAGAGCUGGCAUUAGUGUUAGCUUCUGGUGGGGCUGA